AUGGCGCCGCCCCUCAUCUCCGGCAUCGCGAGGGAGCUGGACGGUGGGAAGGGCCGUGUCAAGGAAGCGGUGGAGGCCGUCAGGGACCGCGGCCACGGGGCGCUGCACGUCGCCGCCCGCCACGGGAGGAUGCCGGUGGUCGUGUACCUAGUUGAGGAGCUUCACCUGAGGGUGAAUGACGCAGACGACGAAGGUGUUACACCUCUUCAUUGCGCACUUCAUUGUGGUAAUGUGGAUACUGUGAGGUAUCUCCUUGAUCAUGGUGCUGAUCCAGAAAAGCGUGGAGUGUGUGAUAUGAUAGAAGUCUUGCUCUCAAAAGGAGCUGAUAUUAAUUCCUUAUCUUACUGUAUGACACCACUGCAUGCUGCUAUUAUGGAAGAUCAGGAUGCUGCUGUGAAGACCUUGUUGGACCAUCAUGCAGAUUGUAACAAGGCGAUGUCCAUACAUUGUACACCUCUAAUCGCUGCUCUCCGUGUUCGCUCACUGAAAUGUGUGAGACUUCUGAUUAAGGCGGGUGCUCAUGUGAACGGUGUUGGUCCACUAACCCCCUUAAUAGUCGCUGCAAAUGAAGGUUUAACUGAUUUCUACAAAUGCUUACUUGAGGCUGGUGCUGAUCCAGAUCUUCGCGGUGAUGGAGGUCAACUGCCUAUAGAGAUUGCUGCACAUUACAAUAGGCGGAAAGAUGUUGAGAUCCUUUUUCCAGUAACAUCUCGUAUACCAUAUGUGCGUGAUUGGAGUAUUGAUGGGAUACUUGCUUAUGCCAAAUCAUUGCCAAAGGUCGAGGACGACCCAUUAUUCAAAAUGGGGCCAGCUUAUCUGAAGUCUGAAGGAAGCAAGGCGUACAAGAGAAAAGACUAUGUUUCUGCAAUAAAUUUCUACACCAUGGCAACCAAGCUUGAUCCUGCAGAUGCAACCUUGCAUUCAAAUACCAGUCUUUGCUGGAUUAAGUUGGGUGAAGGAGACGAGGCCUUGGAGUCAGCCAAAUUCUGCAGGAUGAUGCGGCCUGAUUGGCCAAAGGCCUGUUACAGGCAAGGGGCUGCCCAAAUGUUAUUGAAGAAUUAUGAAAAGGCAUGUGAUGCAUUUUCUGAUGGUCUAAAGUUGGACCCAACAAAUGUUGAGAUUGAGGACGCAUUACGAUGGAUUUAG